AUGGAGACCCUUAAACCACUUGCGCAAGUCCUUCCAGCCCUGCCCGUCAAGGGCCGCGAGAUGUUGUACGUUGCUGCACAUCCAGCAAUGCUCGCCUUGGUUCUUAUGUUUGCCAUCAUCGACCUUGGCCUUUCCAUCUCCCUCGUAGGGGUGUAUACCUCCGAUCCUGACCGAAUGCCCAGCGAGGAUACGCUGGAUGUCAUCCGUCCGAUCAUGUGGACAUCGCUAUGCACACUGCUCUCCAACCUCAUUUACCUCACGUACUACAAGGGCAACUCCCUUGGAAUACCCAGAAUCAGCCAGCGUGCAGUCUUUGCCGCGAAUGUCUGUUCGUAA